AUGCACGACGACGCUGACGUAGGCGGCUCCGCAGAUGGGCAGCCCGACGCAAAGGCCGGCACAUUAUCCCCGUUUGUAGGCCAGAUCAUGGUGCCUGGAGACGUAGCGGUGGAUCUGAAGCAGGUCACGUCGUCCGUGCUUAGAAUCGGACCCGGCCUCCGACAGGAGGGUGACAUGGUGGUUGCCAUGAGAGCGGGGCGACUGAAGCCCGCAGGGAAGAGGAAGCUGUGGGUGGACUGCAGUGUGAAGCGCUACACGCCUGCAGUGGAGGAGGCAGUUAUUGGCAUUGUGAUUGAUAAACACAUGGAGAACCUAGACGUGGACAUCAAGGGCCCGGGCCUCGCCAUCCUCCCAGCACUCGCGUUUGAAGGCGCCACCCGACGAAACCGACCCAACCUGCAGAUCGGGCAGGCAGUGUACACCCGAGUGGUCAAGACCCAUCGAGAUUCCGACCCUGAGCUCUCGUGUGUGGACGGUGAGUGGUGGUGGGAGGUCCUCACGUGGCCUGCCUUCUUUGCAAAUUUAUCCAUGUCAUCCCACUCAUCCUCUACCUCUUGCCCUUUGUCUCUCUCCCUACCGCCCAUCCAUCUCGCAGCGAGUGGCAAGGCAGCAGAGUUUGGGCCACUGGUGGGUGGUCACCUCUUUGACUGCUCCACUGCCCUUGCUCGCCUGUGA